UUAUUUUAUGUAAGUAAAGCGGUGUUCUAGUCGGUAGUCCUCGCAAACUCCUCCCCCGACUUUUCUCAGAUCUGUUUCUCUUUGCCCUCUGACAAAUAGAGAGAAACAGAUACAGCUCUUCUUCAAUCGCCAUAGCCAUGGCGAUUAGGUCUUUUCUUUUUCUUCCACUUCUCUUCUUCUCUUCUCUAAAUCCGAUCCUUUCUCUUUACGAAGAUCAAGUAGGCCUCAUGGAUUGGCAUCAACAAUACAUCGGGAAAGUGAAGCAAGCAGUGUUCCAUACUCAAAAAACUGGUCGAAAACGAGUCGUAGUGUCCACUGAAGAGAACGUUAUAGCUUCACUUGAUCUCCGCCACGGCGAGAUUUUUUGGAGACAUGUGCUUGCGACUAAUGAUGUUAUUGAUGGAAUUGAUAUUGCUAUUGGAAAAUAUGUCAUUACUCUUUCAUCGGGAGGAAGUAUUUUAAGAGCAUGGAACCUUCCUGAUGGGCAGAUGGUCUGGGAAUCUUCUCUUCAGGGUCCAAAGCACUCAAAAUCAUUGUUAUUGGUGCCGACAAAUUUGAAAGUUGACAAGGAUAAUGUUGUCAUUGUUUUUACCAAUGGCCGUCUGCAUGCUGUUUCUAGCAACGAUGGUGAGGUUCUCUGGAAGAAGGAUUUUGAAGCAGAAAGCCUUGAUGAUCAGCAGGUAAUUCAGCCUCCGGGCAGUGAUUUAGUAUACGUUGUAGGAUUUGCUGCUUCAUCCCAGUUUGAGAUGUAUCAAAUCAAUGCCAGGAAUGGAGAGUUGUUGAAGCAUGAAAGUGCAGCCUUUUCUGGUGGGUUUCUGGGAGAAGUUUCACUAGUUUCUAGUGAGACACUUGUGGCUCUUGAUUCCACAGGGUCAAUUUUGCUAACAAUAAGUUUUCACAAUGGAAAAAUUAGUUUUCAACGGACACCCAUUUCAAAUCUUGUUGAGGAUUCUUUGGGGCCAGCAGUAAUAACACCUUCAUCAGUCACAGGAAUAUUUUCACUUAAAGUGAAUGCAAUUACUGUAUUUAUUAGAGUGAUAGGUGAGGGAAAGUUGGAAGUGUUGGAAAAAACAAAUCAUAAAACAGCUGUUAGUGAUGCUCUCUCAAUCUCUGAGGGAAAACAGGCAUUUGCAUUGAUUCAACAUGCAGGCAGUGAGAUUCGUCUCACAGUGAAGACUGCGGAUGAUUGGGAUGGUAAUUUGCUUAAAGAAAGCAUCAAAAUGGACCAGCAACGAGGGCUUGUCCACAAGGUUUUCAUAAAUAAUUAUAUCCGAACUGAUAGGUCUUAUGGAUUUCGAGUGUUGAUUGUGAUGGAAGAUCAUUCAUUAUUGUUACUUCAACAAGGUGAGAUUGUCUGGAGCAGGGAAGAUGGUCUGGCCUCAAUAGUUGAUGUAACAACUUCAGAACUCCCUGUGGAGAAGGAUGGUGUAUCGGUAGCAAAAGUGGAGCACAACCUCUUUGAAUGGCUUAAGGGACAUAUGCUGAAGCUCAAGGGAACGCUAAUGCUAGCAAGCCCUGAAGAUAUGGUAGCCAUACAAAGUAUGAGGUUGAAAAGUUCUGAGAAGAGCAAAAUGACUCGAGACCACAAUGGCUUCCGGAAGCUGCUCAUAGUACUAACAAGAGCAGGGAAGCUCUUUGCCUUGCAUACUGGAGAUGGACGCAUUGUCUGGUCUCACUUGCUACAGUCUCUACACAAACCACAGGUGUGUCAGCAUCUGAUAGGACUAAACUUGUAUCAGUGGCAGGUCCCCCAUCAUCAUGCUAUGGAUGAAAAUCCAUCUGUGCUUGUAGUUGGCAGGUGUGGUCCAAGUUUGGAUGCACCAGGUGUACUUUCUUUUGUUGACACUUACACAGGAAAGGAGCUUAGUUCUUUAAGUCUCGUCCAUUCUGUUGCACAAGUUAUUCCACUGCCAUAUACAGAUUCAACAGAACAGCGACUGCAUCUGCUAAUCGAUGCUGAUCAGCGUGCACAUUUAUACCCAAAAACUCCUGAGGCUAUUGGUAUUUUCCAACGUGAGUUCUCAAACAUAUACUGGUACUCAGUUGAGGAUGAUAAUGGCAUCAUCAAGGGGCAUGCAUUGAAGAGCAAGUGCACUUGCGAAGUGGCAGAUGAAUUCUGCUUUGACAGUAGGGAAUUGUGGUCAGUUGUGUUCCCAUCAGAAUCAGAAAAGAUCAUUGCAACUGUCACGAGAAAAUUGAAUGAGGUGGUUCAUACUCAAGCAAAGGUUAUAGCAGACCAGGAUGUAAUGUAUAAAUAUUUAUCAAGAAAUCUACUUUUUGUGGCUACUGUUGCACCCAAAGCCAGUGGUGAAAUUGGAUCUGUUACACCAGAAGAAUCAUGGUUCGUUGCAUAUCUUAUUGACACUGUAACUGGUCGUAUAUUGCACCGGGUGACCCAUCAUGGUUCACAGGGCCCUGUACAUGCUGUUUUUAGUGAGAACUGGGUUGUCUACCACUACUUCAAUCUUAGAGCGCACAGAUAUGAGAUGUCAGUCAUUGAAAUUUAUGACCAGUCUCGGGCUGACGACAAAGACGUUUGGAAACUUGUUCUUGGAAAGCACAACCUUACUUCACCAAUUUCUUCAUAUUCUCGACCAGAGGUCAUAACAAAAUCACAGUCCUACUUUUUCACCCAUUCUUUGAAAGCUAUAGCUGUGACAUCAACAGCGAAGGGUAUAACUUCAAAGCAGCUUCUCAUUGGUACAAUUGGAGAUCAGGUUUUGGCACUUGAUAAGCGUUUCCUGGAUCCUCGGCGAUCAGUCAAUCCCACACAAGCAGAGAAAGAAGAAGGAAUUAUACCACUAACAGAUUCAUUGCCAAUCAUCCCUCAGUCCUAUGUAACACAUGCCUUUAGAGUGGAAGGUCUUCAAGGUAUAGUAACUGUGCCUGCCAAGCUGGAAUCAACAACCCUUGUCUUUGCACAUGGAGUGGACCUCUUUUUCACCCAGCUUGCACCCUCAAGGACUUACGAUUCGCUCACAGAAGAUUUUAGUUAUGCCCUACUUCUCAUUACAAUCGCGGCACUUGUAGCAGCAAUCUUUGUAACGUGGAUUUUGUCUGAGAGGAAAGAACUACAAGAGAAGUGGAGAUGAGUAAUUCUCUGCUCAUCACAUUUGUGUACUAACAAUUUUCCUUUUUUAUUAGAUGACAGAUGCUUUAUGAUUUGAAUUUAGAUUUAGGAGGUUCCCUCCUGACUUGUAAUUCUUCUAAAUUUUGUAGCAUGCCCCCUCAUUUGAAUUUCAAUGUUUUACACGA